GGCCGUGCGGCGGAGGGGGAGCCAGCACCGGGCCCCCCCCCAUCCCCGUACCGCUACGGCUCCCGCCUCCCUUCCGGCGGCGGCUCCUUCCCUGCGCCGGGGGCGGACGGGGCGGACCGGAGCCGCGCCGAGCCCAGCCAGGCCCUGCUCUCCCUGCGAUGCCCAGCCACCCCUGCGAGCUCCUCAUCCUCCUGCAUUAGGUGCCGAAGCCUGCGGACACCCGGCGCUGCACGCACCAAGGUGGCCCUGGUUGGCGAGCCCAGACGGCAGUGGAUGAGUGCUGGGCACUGGCCUAGCCGCACGUGCACACCGGCACCAUGGACUUCGUCAUGAAGCAAGCGCUGGGCGGGGCCACCAAGGACAUGGGGAAGAUGCUGGGGGGUGAGGAGGAGAAGGACCCCGACGCACAGAAGAAGGAGGAGGAGAGGCAGGAGGCCCUGCGCCAGCAGGAGGAGGAGCGGAAAGCCAAGCACGCCCGCAUGGAAGCCGAGCGGGAGAAAGUCCGGCAGCAGAUCCGCGACAAGUACGGGCUGAAGAAGAAGGAGGAGAAGGAGGCAGAGGAGAAAGCCGCGCUGGAGCAGCCGUGUGAGGGCAGCCUGACACGCCCCAAGAAGGCAAUCCCAGCUGGCUGCGGAGACGAGGAAGAGGAGGAGGAGGAAAGCAUCCUGGACACCGUCCUCAAGUACCUGCCUGGCCCACUGCAGGAUAUGUUCAAGAAGUAACAGCACCGCCAACCCUGCCAUGGGGUGCUGGGGCACGGGCGCCCUCUCCCCUCUAACCCUCCAUCAGUUCCCCUGGCUUGGGGGGGGUCCCCGCACCCCCUCCUGCCCUUUCCCCCAACCAGACCAAAAACCCGCCCCGUCCUGUCCAGGCAGGGCCCCCCCACCACGCCAUGCCAAAGGGGAACUGCCCUGGCUGGACAGGGCGAACCGGGACCAAAUGCACUGAUGUAACCUCGCGGCAGGCUGGGGGCACCCCAAGCCCUACCGGCCCCCCCCCGGGGUGGCUCCCCGUGCCCCCUGCCCUGCACCUCCUGCCCUCCCGGGGGACCCCGGCAGGCCUCCACUCGCCUGCCCUCGUCCCCAGCACUGCCAUCCCCCUACCCUGUCCCGCCCUGGGUCAAGCCCAAAGCACAAAGCCAGGCGCCCUGCCCACAGCUCCCCCAUCCCCAGGCCCCGGGCACGGGGGUCCCCCGGGGCUGCCCAGUGUGCCCCAGCAUCGGGGGGUUGGAGGGGACCCCUCUCCCCGCAUCUCUGGCCCCAUAGUUAAAGCCAUAUCAGUUAGACUGCAAUACUUCAGCACCAGGAGGAGCGGGCGCCGCGCUCCGCCGACCGUGUACAAAGGCGCGUGCGGGGCAGGGACACCCCUGCCUCGUCCCCCCCACCCUGUCCCUGUUCCCCCCCCACCGCUCGCUCGUCUGUGUCUUGGCCCCGCUGGCCCCCGUUCUUGCAUUAGUGUCUCUGUGCCAGGGUGCGCUCCGUCGCUCCAUGCGUCCUCGUGUCCGCUGCUCACACUCCCACCCCCAAGUCCCCGCUGUCCCCGGGGCGCCCAUGGCACUGAGCCAUGAGCCCCCCACCGCGCUGCUGGGGCCCCUGCUCUGCCCCAUGCAAUAAAGCCAGUGCGGGGCCGAGAGCCGCUGGGCCAGUCCUGGGCUGGGAGUGCCCAGCUGCCCCCCACCCGACGCUGGACACACGGGUCCCCCCCGGGCCUGGGAAGGGAUCCCUGGGCAAGCACCCCAGGAUGUUCCAGGAGCUGCUGCUUGCACCCCAACAGGGGGAUGCGGGAGUAUGCCCUCACCCCAGCCCGUGUUCCUUGCCGCACCGUGCUCCCCCCUCCCCAUGCUUCCUCCGCCACAGUCCCCAGCUGCUCACCAGGGCCCUCCCCGGGAAGUGGCGGGCGGUUUGGGGCCCCGCAGACAUGCUGUGACCAUCCUGCUCGAACUAGUCUUUGACAAACUAAUAAAAUAAAGAGAUUUGUACAUUG